AACCCUAGAAGACGUAUCUGCUGAAGCUACUAGUGAAUCUGAGAGGCAACGAGAGAGCUCCACGGUGAGACCUUACUUGAUCUUGUGUCUGAACGUGAAGCAAAACAAUGAGCGAGAGAGGAACAUCAUGUUGCAGAAGCGAAGAGGACAGGAUAAGCUUCUUACCUGAUGACUUGCUGUGUGAGAUACUCUCUCAUGUUCCUACAAAGACAGGUGUUAUGACUAGUGUUCUGUCUACCAGAUGGAGAACUAUCUGGCUUUCGAUACCUAUCUUGGAUUUGCACACUGAUGAUUUCCCUAACUUCACCGCCUUGGCGAGCUUCACCUCUUGGUUUCUAGAUGGCUCAUCAUGCUUACACAAGCUCAAACUUGCGUUCGGCUCUUUGAGAACUAUUCAAGAUAUCUCUAAUGAGUUGUUGAAAUUAUCUUUUAACUUCGGGAGAAAUAUUCAAGAUAUCUCUAAUGAACCGUCUUACUUGAUGACACAAUGGAUCAACAGUGCAGUUACACGUAAAGUUCAACAUCUAGAUAUAACAUUCUUAUAUCCUUGGAUUGUGGAGAUGAUGCCACUAAGCAUCUACACCUGUGAGACUAUAGUAUCCUUGAAACUCUGUAACGUGUCAUUGGCUGAUUCCGAGAAUGUUUCUCUACCUUGUCUCAAGAUCAUGCAUUUGGUUGGCAACGUUUACACUAGCAAUGCUUUUCUUGAGAAGCUUAUCUCAUCUUGCCCGGUUCUUGAAGAGUUAACAGUUGUUAGAAACAGAGAUACAGAGUACGACCUUAGGGUUUUACGAGUUUGUUCCAAGUCAUUAAAGAGUCUUGUGGUUGAUCUCGAUGGUAGAAAGUGUUGGUACAGAGAUUUUAGGGUUGUUGUGAUUGAUGCUCCUGGACUCAACAAUUUGAGACUGAAAGAUAACCAGUUCACAAGUUAUGUAAUAAGCAAUUUAAGUUCAUCCGCCAAGGUAGACAUUGAUGUCAGCUUUGCCAAGCGCUCGAGCGUACCGGACAUGACUACAAGCUCCUCAAAGAGAAGUGUAAUGAGAAGUUUCUUCACCAUGCUCUCGAGCGUAAGGGACAUGACUAUAAGUCAAACAACUUUAGAGGGAAUAUGUCUCUACUUGAAACAUGAACCAGUGCCUCAGUUUCCUUACUUGAUCAGAUUACAUGCGGUCUUGUAUAGCUCUGAUUUGAGAACUUUGCCGAACAUUCUUCAGAUCUGUCCAAAUCUCAAAUCCCUUGUCUUGGCGUUGAGUUAUCUUAGGAUGGAGGAACUACAUGUUUUCUCAUCAUCAUCAGUUCCAGAAUGUUUAAGAUCAUCCCUGGAGUGCGUUGAGAUAAAAACACCGAUAAGAGGAGCGGUAACUGAAAUAGAACUAGUGAAGUACUUACUUGAGAACUCCGUGGUGCUCAGGAAGUUUAAGAUGUGUUUGCGUCGUAGGAGAAUGAACGAAGAGUCAAACAUUUCCAUGAAACUCUUGAGAUUGAGGAGAUGCUCUCCUUCUUGUGAAGUUGUUGUUCAACUUAAAUAGUUAGGUGGUGAUUAGUUAAUGCUGUUGUUGAAGUUUCUAUUAUGAAGUCUUUGUGAGCCUUUUGGUCACUAGUUAUGGAUGAUGCUUGAGAAUUCUAUAAAAGCA